AUGUACCAGGGCAGAGAAUUCCAACGAUAUGCCGUCGAUAACGGUGCUUAUUUUUCGCCGAUUGACGAGGACGAGAUCGAGCGAUUGCACAUGAUGCAUAUUCUGUUCUCAAUAGUAUUCGAAAACUCGCUCAUCUUCCCGCCCAUCACAAGGCCACGACGAAUUCUUGAAUGUGGGUUCGGUACGGGUGAAUGGGCUAUCGAAGUCGCACAGCAACAUCCAACCUGCGAGGUGGUAGCCAUCGACAUUUGUCCACAUAUUUGGCCCGACGAGACGCAGACACCGUUAAAUUUAAACCUCCAGGUUGAUGACUUGAACGGAAGGUUCACGUUUCCGUCGAACCACUUUGAUCUAGUACAUAGUCAGAUGAUGGCUGGGGGAAUCCAUUCGAAUCGAUGGAGAGAUUAUCUUCGAGACAUUUAUCGCGUCCUACGGCCAGGCGGUUGGGUACAGAUGGUGGAGAUAUACUUUAAUGCGCAGUCAGACAACGGGACGCUUACACAGAGUGAGUUUUCCAUAUCGUCGUCGCGGUGCUGUAUUUGCUGA